AUGGCAAGGCGACAGUUGGGAUGGCAAGGCGACAGCUGGUUUGGCACAGUAGGUCAGCGACAGCGGAGACAACUUCACAGUGCGCCAGCUGACUUCCUGGAGAAGAGGAAGUUGACGGCCUGGGUCCACAUGUCGGUGAAAGAAGGGAAGGGAAGGGAUGGCUGCUGCGCGCGACGCAGAGACGACACGGCGUCCACACGGUUAGCACACUGCGCGAACGCGGCAACGCGGUGCGGCGUGGCGCGGACAGGGCUCGUGCGUGACCGGCCAAGGCUGAUGCUGGGCCGAGCCCAUUCGGUGGGAGAGGGGGAAAGGCACUGGGGUGGGCUGUGCCCAAUCGGCAAAAGGGAGCAGUACACAGUAGACAUUUUUGUAUUUUGA